GUAGGGCACAGAAGCGAGCAAGUAAAGAGACGCAAAAGAGAAUCUCCCCUCCUCUGUUGUACUCCUCCCGAUAUUGUAGAGCAGUCAACAAAAUUAUUCAUUUGUAAAGUUUGCUUGCUUCUGCUAAGCAUAGCAUAAAUUUCGAGCAGUUUUUUCUCUUCUUACCUUUUUCGAAAUGAAUUGUCUCAAAUUUCGGCUUGUCGCUGUCGCGAUUCUCAUCUUCAAUGUGGUCACCGCUCUGAAUUACCAGAGUGAGGAGGCGGUGGGAGUGGAGCAUGAACGAGAUCGGGAUAGCCUUGGAGGUGGCCACAUUCUUCGCGGUCUGGAUUCAAUAGGAGAGAGCAAUCUACUGCGGGCAAUUUACCGAGAAAAACCCCGCGACUUUUUGCGGAUAAAUCGAGGACUGGACUCGCUUAGUGGUGCUUCUUUCGGUAUCGAAAAGCGCUUAGACUCUUUGACUGGUCUAGGAUUUGGCAGUCAGAAGAGAAACCUGGAUGAAAUUGAUAGGUCGAAUUUUGGAACAUUCGCCAAGAGGAACCUCGACGAAAUCGAUCGCAGUGAUUUUGGUCGCUUUGUCAAGAAGAGAGAAACCAUGGAAGCGGAAAGUUCUCAACAGCAGCACUAAACAGAAUAAUUCAUAAUUUGGGUGAAGUCCAAUAUGGAUAGAUAAAUAGAUGUAAGCCGCUUUAACAUAGACCUCACCGUCUUCAAACGAAAAGUACAUAAUUGCAUUUCAUCGUAUUUCUGAUGACAAAAUCACAAUGCCCACAGCACUUAGGACUACACGCGGCAUUACACAGUUUUUCACCACGGCUCUUUUCUCAUCAUGUGUAUCUAUGGUGACUCCUUUCAAUAAACAAACAUAUUUCAAUCAAA